AUGCUACCAUUAAACACAGAUGACAACACAAGUGAAAUUGAAGCAUUAAAAUCAUGGGCUAUCGAAGAAAAGAUUAAUUCUUCAUCUGUAGACAAAUUAUUAAGAAUUUUACGGAAAAGACUUAUUCCAGAGCUACCAAAAAGUUCGAAAACUUUUUUAGGAACAACAUUAGCAGAUUACCAAAUCAUUGAAAUGGAAGAUUAUUCCACUGAUAUUACGGGUGAAUUUGUUUACAUGGGUAUAUCAGUUGGCCUUCAGUCUUGUAUUACUAAUUUCCACGAAGGAAAUAUUGAAAUAAUUAUCAACAUUGAUGGACUUCCUUUAACACGUUCUUCAGGAAAAUGUUUUUGGCCUAUUUUAUGUAAGGUACAUUAUAUACCUGAUGUUUACAAGCCAUUCAUAGUAGCUAUUUAUUGUGGUAAUAGCAAACCCAAAGACUUAUCACAAUAUCUAAAACAAUUUAUAGCAGAAUUAAAUUAUUUGCAAGAACAUGGAAUAAAUCUUUUCCAAAAAACGUUUAUUGUUAAAUUGAAAUGUUUUGUUGCGGAUACUCCAGCACGAUCUUAUCUUAAAUGCACUAAAGGUCAUGGUGGGUAUAAUGCAUGCGAAAGAUGCACUAUACAUGGAAUUCGGCAUGUUAUUAACAAAACUUCAAAGGUAAUAUAUCCAGGUGUCAAUUAUGCAGCAAGAACGAAUAAAUCAUUUCGAAAUAAAAAUGAUCCUGAGCAUCACAUGGGAGAAACUCCUUUAGAAAAUAUAAAACCUGCAAUAGAUAUGACAACUAUUUUCAUUCUUGAUUACAUGCAUCUAGCCUGUAUAGGUGUGAUGAAGGAAUUGCUUGAAAUGUUAAUGUACGGUCCUUUAAAAAUUAGAUUAUCUCGUACUCAAAAAGUAAUAAUUUCGCAAAGGCUUCUUUCUUUAAGAUCACAAAUACCAUCAGAAUUUCAAAGAAAAACCAGAUAA